AUGUCGCUGCAGAUUGCUGUAGCUCAUACGGGCCAGCGCAUCGACGCUGAUCCAGUUGCCUUUGGCAGCGUCGAGGCGCUCAAGUACUGGAUCUCGACGGCGACGGACAUACCGCCGGAGUCGCAGGUCCUCUUAACCGCCCAAGGAAAGCAUGUGAAGCUGCAAGCCCUGUUGACAGAGGCCGCCAUACCGCCCACGCCUCUACCAGAUGCCUUUGUACCCGACGAACCGCCCAACACCCUCUCCAACAACACCGACCUGCGAGCAUGGCAAGCCCUCUUCCAGGCCCGCCGCGACUGGGCCUUUGCCCUACUCGAAAAGUCCCAUUCCAUGUCGCGCAUCGCGGCGAAACACUUUGCUGAGCAGGCGACCAUCGAAAAGGCGACACAGGUUGCAGUAGGAAACCACGACUCGCACAUCCGAUCGCUCGAGCAGAAACACAAAGCAGCCAAGGAGUGGUAUGACGGGGUUGAGAAGGAGGCCGGAGACAACCUUCGAAGACUGGAUGCCGAUUUUGGCCAGCUGGGCUCCAUUCCCGCGAAGCUCGAAUUUACCCAGUUCUUGGCCAAGGAAUUGCGAUCUGCUCAGACCGUACAGGGCGCUCGAAAGGCUUCACAAGGUCGGACAGCUUCACUUCAGGAAUUUCUUGAUGUAGACGCUAUCAAAAAGGCCACGGGCACGAGCAAGCGUGUGAGGGAGUCGUUUGGGAAGCGCAUAGGCGCCAUGAGCACACAGCUCGAGAGAAUCGGAGCAGAUUACAACGAACUACUCGGCGCAGUAGGGCAGAGCCAAAGUCGGUCCCUGGUCAACGAUUCUGAAGAGCCUGGUCGCCUGUACAACGAAAUCGAUGCAGUCGCCAAAAAGGUUGAAUCUGACUUUGAGCACGUCAUGGAAUUGGAAGCAAGCCCCAAAUCAGUCGCUCAAGUGUCCAAGAUGGCCCUGCUACACACGCGAAACUUUUUGCCAGCCAUGCAUGAAUACACGGCGGAGAUGAGCGAUCUCAUGCGGAGGGCUGUCGAGGCCAAGAAUACGGCUGUCCGAAACUCUGUGGAGAGUAUGCGUGGCAUCGCAGCCAUCGAGUCGGUCAUUGCAAGCAUGAGUGCAGAACUUGAGCAGAUUAGCAUACCUCAGGAUGGCGUAGCUGCUUUCGAACUCAUUUCUUUGGUCGGUCGAUUGCCCUACAUCUAUGGGACUCUGCUGGUCGAAGCCGUCCGCAGACGCGAAUGGAUGGAACGCGUGGAAAAGGAUACCUCGUCACUGGCCGAAGAAAUGGCGACGUUCCAAGAAGAGGAAGAGCGCCGACGCAAACGAUGGCUCAAGCCAAUCGCCGACGUGGUCAAUAUCGAGGCCGUCUCAAGUGGUUCAUUCGGCUUCGAGAUGAAUGUACAGCCUGAGAAGAAUACAUGGCCUGCAGUAACGCGAGAAGACCUCCAAGACUAUCUACAAAUCCUACAGGGCAUCGAGGGACAGUCAUCUGAGGCGGAGGCGCUCAGUCAAGCCAUCAAGGACCUCGAUCGUCCUACGAAACAGCAGAUCAAGCGAGCAAAGAACUUCAAGAUGGGCAGCGUCCACGAGCCUGCGUUUGGUAGAGCCUCGCUGCUCAUGGGACGAGGCGACGAGGAAUUGCGCCUGCUCAAGGAAGCAAACAGCAAGCUUGAGGAUGAGCUCAGAGGACACAGGAGCAGGGUUCGAAAAUUGGAAGAUCUACUGCACCGCCAGAACCACGUCAGUAGACUGUCGAUUGGAGGUGCGCCACACUUGUUUGGCCUCCCCAGCGAUCCGCCAACGCCUACCACGGAGAUGGCCUCCCCAAAACCAUAUGACGACAUGUCUCGCCGAUCCUCGGUGACAUCGCGACGGUUCUCUGCGAACCAAGGACAAGAAGACAAGCGCCGGAUCGUACGUCUAGAACAAGAACUAGCAGCAGAGAAAGAAGCUCGUGCUCUCCUAGAGAAGGCUGUACAGGCACGGAAAGACGAAGAUGUAGAGCAGCAGCGUCGCUUCGAGGAAGCCAUGUCUACCAAGAACAACAUUAUGGAAAACAUGAGAGCCCAACAGAAGGAGUUUGCGGAUGAGCGUCGCUCAUUGGAAAACGAGAUCCAGGCCUUGAAGUCUAGAAUCGAAGAGGCCGAGGAUGAGCUAGAUCGCGUUCUUGGAAGUCGCGAUCACGAGCGGACUGGGAUCGAUGCGAAGCUGCAAGAGCUCGUGAAGGAGUUGGGGAAGGCUCGCCAGGACGCGGCAAACCAGAGCCGUGAAGCUGAGGAGCGCAUUGCGAAGCUACAAGCUGAGCUUGAUGCGCAAGAGGCAACGAAGACGCAGGAACUAGAGACUCUUGCCACGACCUUCAAGCACCUCUCUCCCGACACGAGGGUGCCCGAGAGUCACGCCAAGCUCGUCGCACAGCUCGAAGAUUUGGCUUUGCGGUCACUCGAGCAUCAGAAAGAGCUCCAGCAAGCCGUGGCAAUGGCGAAGUCCGAAAACGAAAACACACACGCGAGACUAGAAGAGCGGGAGCGAGAGCUGAAGUCUGAAGUCGAGAAGCAGGAGAAGGCAUGUAUCCAGCUCCAGGAGCAACUAGACUCGCAGAUUGCAGCGCUUGGCUCAAUCACCGCAGAGCUCAAGGAUGAGCGUCAUCAUCUACACGAUCUCCGUACCAAGUUUGCCGAAGGCGAGACAGGCGCCGAAGCGCUACGAAAGCGAGUCGAAGAGGAAGAGGAAAAGGUUGGACAUCUACGAGCCGAGCUAGCGGAGAAGAGCUCGCAUGCGAAUAGCCUUGAGGUUGAGCUGAAGCGCGUGGAGAAGAAGCUUCUCGAGUACGAAGAGUUUGACUCAUCUCGCGCUCAUCAGCGCUUGGCUCGCGCAAAGGAACUGAGUCAACGUCUCUACGCACAGCACGAACGUCUUAUUCGCUUGCUGGAAGCCCUUGGGUUUGUCAUCACCCAUGAAAACGGCGACAUGGUGCUGCAGCGAGCAUCUAAGCUGAGCAACAGCACGGUCAUGACGGACACGAAUGGUGGACUCAGUCGGAGUGCGACAACGCCUUCACCUACGCCACUCAAGCGUUUCCUAGAAGACAUUGGGGACCUGUCGUUCUUGCAAUGGAGUGAAUCAGCUACACCAGAAGAGGAAGAUCGUCGCUACCAAGACUUCAUAGCGAGGCUCAAUCUCUUCAACGUUGAGACGUUUAGUGAUGCCGUCGCAAAGCGAAUGCGCGACAUGGAACACACGGCACGAAAGUGGCAGAAGGAGGCUCGCGCAUACCGCGACAAGGCGCACCGCUUCCAGGCCGAUUCGAACGAGAAGAUUGCCUACCGCUCGUUCAAGGAGGGCGACCUUGCGCUCUUCCUGCCCACCCGCAACAAUGCCCAUCGUCCAUGGGCCGCCUUCAACGUAGGCGCGCCUCAUUUCUUCCUCCGCGAACAAGACUCGCACCGCUUGCACGGAAAAGAGUGGUUAGUGGCACGCAUAUCCAAGGUGCAAGAGCGCGUGGUCGACCUAUCCAAGACACUGGAUGGUGCACCACGGGCUUCCAUUGACGGACAAUCCAUUGCUUCCAGCAACGCUGUGUCGUUUGAGGAUGACAACCCCUUUGAGCUAUCGGACGGACUGCGAUGGUACCUGCUCGACGCGACCGAGGAAAAGCCCAUGGCCCCCGGGACACCCGGCAUCAAGGGCGCGGUGACAGUCAAGAGCAGUCUCGAAACAACCCAAGGCGAGAUGCAAAAACUCAAGAAGAAAUCCGCCACCGACCCAGCCACCCAACUGGGCAAAUCCCUCGACAGCCGCCGCAGCAGCGGCACCAGCAGCAGAAAAGCUGCCGUCGCCAGCACCCGGCCCCAAGCCGAAACCACACUCCACUCCCCGAGCGACCCCCCAGACUCGAGCCCGCACUCGACGACGGCGACUAGAGGCGGCAGCCCCGCAAACACAAACCCCCACGGUCCCAGCCACCUCCGCCACAGCUCGAGCACCACCCAUAUCCUGGACAGACAAGCGGAGGAUCAAAACGGAGCAUCUGUGCGCCAAGACCAGCUCUGGGGUCCCCCAUUCUCUAUCCUCGUCGUCGCCGCCACCACCACCACCGCGACGUAA